CCCAAGAUGAAGGUCGAGUUUGCUCCGCUCUCUGUGCCACUGCAGAGAAGGCUUCAGAUGGCGUCGGUGGUUCAAUGGGUCUUCAGCUUCCUAGCUCUAGCACAGUGCUGCAUAGUUGCCUUCAUCGCCCUCUUCUUCACACGUUUUUGGCUGGUCAGUGCCCUCUAUGCUGCGUGGUGGUUCAUAGACAGGGAAAAACCCAGCAAGGGUGGGAGGCGGAUCCACUCCAUCCGGAACUGCAUCGUCUGGAGGUACAUGAGGGACUAUUUCCCCAUCACGCUGGUGAAGACAGCGGAGCUGGACCCCAGGCAGAACUACCUGAUGGGAUUUCAUCCCCAUGGGGUCCUGGCAGCAGGAGCCUUUCUCAAUUUCUGCACAGAGGCAUCAGGCUUUUCCACUCUCUUCCCGGGCAUCACCCCACACCUGAUGAUGCUCUCCCUGUGGUUUCGCAUCCCAUUCUUCAGGGACUACCUGAUGAGCGGAGGCCUUGUCUCCUCCGACAAGGAGAGUGCAUCCUAUGUGCUACAGAAGCCGGAGGGUGGGAACAUGCUGGCCAUCAUUGUUGGUGGAGCGCAGGAGGCGCUGGAUGCCCGGCCGGGAUCCUGCACCUUGCUGCUGAAGAAUAGGAAGGGAUUUGUCCGCCUGGCCAUCGAGCAUGGCACCCCACUGGUCCCCAUCUUUUCCUUUGGGGAGAAUGACCUCUUCGAGCAAGUGAGAAACCCCAAGGGCUCCUGGCUGCGGCAGGUCCAGCACCGGCUCCAGCAGAUCAUGGGCAUCUCCCUUCCCCUCUUCCAUGCACGAGGCAUCUUCCAGUACAGCUUUGGGCUGGUACCUUACCGGCGGCCCAUUUGCACUGUGGUUGGGAAGCCAAUUCCAGUGCCGAGGAAGCACAGACCCUCCGAGGAAGAGGUUGAUCAAGUCCAUCAGAAAUAUCUAAAUGAAUUGUGCAAGCUCUUUGAGGAGCACAAAGCUAAAUAUAACAUCCCAGAAGACAGACACCUGGAAUUUAUUUAGAGCUCCUCAA